UGUCAAUGAUGGGAAGAGGGAGACUCUGCAUGCCCCCUUGGUGGGUUCUCAGCACACCAGGGUGAAGGUCAGAUAGAUAUUGGGUAAGGUGGAGGGAAAGCAGCAAGGAAACCUUCAUCAGGGCCAGAGCAGACUGGUUUGGGCUGUAACUGGUUUGGGCUUUAACUGGGAGAUGCUGCCCUGGGAGUGGUGUGGUUUCCCUCCCACCUUGCACACAGGCACAGGUCCCUGUCCUGUGCCACCACCCUGGAGGAGGAUGUGCUCCAUGCUGAGGCCCACACUGGCUGAGGUGUGAGGGACCCCUGUGCCCAGUGGCUCUUCUACCCUGUCCCCAGAACCUGAUACCUCCCUGCCAAGGGGAUGCUCACCCCUUCCUGCCCCUCUGUGCCAGGUCUCCAGGCAGGGUCUCACUACUGAGGACCUCUCACUCUGCCGAAGGCAGGGCCCACUGCCUCCAGGAUGGCGAGAUGGCUACCCCGCUCCACCGACCUGACCCGCUUCUGCCAGAAACUCAACCGAGUGAAGACCCUGGAGGACGACAUGAUGGAGACCUCCUUCAACAGAUGCCUUUCCACCAUCGACUUGACGCUGCUGGGCAUUGGGGGCAUGGUGGGCUCUGGGCUGUAUGUCCUCACAGGCACCGUGGCCAAGGAGAUCGCUGGCCCCGCCGUCAUUGUCUCCUUCAUCAUCGCUGGCUUUGCCUCACUCCUGGCUGCUCUCUGCUACGCCGAGUUUGGAGCCCGUGUGCCCAAGACAGGCUCUGCCUACAUGUUCACCUACGUGUCCGUGGGUGAGAUCUGGGCCUUCCUCAUCGGCUGGAACGUGCUGCUGGAGUACAUGAUCGGGGGGGCCGCAGUGGCCAGGGCCUGGAGCGGCUAUCUGGACUCGAUCUUCAACCACAAGAUCAAGAACUUCACCGAAACCCAUGUGGGUGCCUGGCAGGUGCCAUUCCUGGCCCGCUACCCAGACUUCCUGGCAGCCGCCAUCCUGCUGGUAGCCACUGCCUUCAUCUCCUUUGGGGCCAAAGUGUCCUCCUGGCUCAACCAUGUCUUCUCGGCUAUCAGCAUGGGUGUCAUCCUCUUCAUCCUCAUAAUGGGCUUUGUCCUUGCACAGCCCAAGAACUGGAGCACCCAGGAGGGCGGCUUUGCCCCAUACGGGCUGUCAGGUAUCAUGGCUGGCACAGCCACCUGCUUCUAUGCCUUUGUGGGCUUUGACGUCAUCGCAGCCUCCAGUGAAGAGGCCAGGAACCCACAGAGGGCUGUCCCCAGGGCCAUCGCUUUCUCCUUGGGACUGGCCACCGGCGCCUACAUCCUGGUGUCAGUUGUGCUGACACUGAUGGUGCCCUGGCACUCACUGGACCCUGACUCUGCCCUGGCUGAUGCGUUCUACCGGAGGGGCUAUGCCUGGGCAGGGUUUCUGGUGGCCGCUGGCUCCAUCUGUGCAAUGAACACGGUUCUUUUGAGCAACCUCUUCUCCCUGCCGCGCAUCGUCUACGCCAUGGCUGAGGACGGGCUCUUCUUUCAGAUCUUCUCCCGAGUGCACCCCCGCACACAGGUGCCCGUCGUUGGCAUCGUGGUCUUCGGGCUGCUCAUGGCUCUGUUGGCCCUCGUCUUCGACCUGGAGGCCCUGGUGCAGUUCCUGUCCAUUGGCACGCUGCUGGCCUACACCUUUGUGGCUGCGAGCAUCAUCGUCCUGCGCUUCCAGCAGCAGAAGGUGGAUGUCCCCGCACCGGCGGCUGGUGACCGGCCCAACCCCGAGCCCCACGAGGGUCCAUCCAGUGGUGAGCUGAAGGAGUACGAGUCCUUCUCUGACAAGCUGCAGCUGGUGGACAGGGACAAGACCAAACAGCAGCGGGAGCCAGGGCAGCUGAAGGCAGCAUUCGAGCCCUACCUGGAGUUCCUCAGCGACUUCUACCCAGGUGAGGUGGUCACAGUGGCCGUGGUGACCCUGAUGGUGUCUGCCAUCUGCCUCUGCUCCAUCUUGGUCUUUGGCAACACCCACCUCCACCUGCCCACCUGGAGCUACUCCCUGCUGCUGGUCCUCUUCAGCCUGGGUUUCCUGCUCAGCCUCUUCCUCAUCUGGGCACAUGAGCAGCAGCACAGCACCCAGACCUUCCAGAUCCCGCUGGUGCCCCUCUCCCCAGCACUGAGCAUCGUCCUCAACAUCUACCUGAUGCUGAAACUCAGCUAUAUGACAUGGCUCCGCUUCGCAGUCUGGCUGCUCUUAGGCCUGCUCGUCUACUUCGGCUACGGCAUCUGGCACAGCAAGGAGAACCUGCGGGAGCUGCAGCCCCAGCGCCUCAGCGCCCGCUACGUGGUGUUCCCCAGUGGCAGCCUGGAGGAGAGGGUGCAGGCAGUCCAGCCCAGCUCCCAGCCCACCGCUGGGCUCCCAGACACCGACACCGACGACGGCAAGAGAUGACACCCCAGGGGAUGGGGGCACCUGGUGAUGGGAGCAUCAGAACCCCCUCCCGUAGUGAGGCCAGAGACCCAUCCCCCUCCUCCUGGUCCCUCUGACAGUGGAGCCACCAGGGCUGCCCUGGGCGUAGGGCACCAUCUGGAGAGGAUGAGGAUGCUCGCCCUUACCACAUGCUCCCCACAGAGCAUGGAGGGGCUGGCUCCCUCCCUCCUCAUCCCCUGCACUCAGAAACUGGGUGUCAGCCCAGUGCCUGCCCUACUUGCGAGGAGCUGUGUCUUUGUCACCUCUCCCCGAGUGCACUCUGGCACUGUGCAGCACACCUCCUGUCCACUGGCACAUCCACACAGCCAGGGAUGCAGAGGUUCCCUGGGAACUGGGACAGGCAUCUCAGCGCUGCCUAUCCUGGCUCUCAUCCUGUCUGUAGCCCUGACUGCAGCCCCCUUUCCUCCUGCAGAGCCCCUCUGCCUCCCUCAGAGUCCCUUCAGAAGGAAGCAGGGGGCAAUUGUGCAGCCCCACAGGCAUCCCUACCAUCCCUGCCAUCCUCAUCCCCAGGGCUGCUCUUCUCAAAGGUUGGGACUGAGGGGGCUGAUGGUGGAGGAGGUGGAGAAGGGACAUGGCCAGAGGGGGUGGCCCAGGAAAGCCAGUGGAGGCUGGAACAGCAGCAGUUCAACUGCAUCUUCCCAGCCACUGGAAUUGCCUGUUUCGGGGGGAGCUGGGGGCCAUGCCCACUGGAACGUAAUACCAUAGCCAGGCUCCUGCCCCAGCCCCGAGCGGGCUGUGGAUGCUCAGGAUCCCAGAUGUGUUGCCUUGUCCUUGGAGGUCCCCAGCAGCAUCCCCGAUCUGCCAGGAGCCAGCUCCCCGCUUCUGCUGGGCCCCAGCAGCACCACCUGCCCCACCAUGAGGGGCUCAGUCCCCUGUGAUGCCCCUCCCAGGCUCUGGGGCUUGGGACGGGCUCAGCAGGUGCUUUUCAGUGUUGCCCCUUCCCCAGCAAUCAUUCCCGUG